AUGUCGCACCGCGAUCGUGAAAUAAUCUAUGACGACCGCGAGUCGUAUUACUCGACGGGCCCUCCCCGUCGUCCCCGUGCAGGCUCUGACACGGACCUGUACGAGCGGUUCCAAGAGGUCCGCCGUGACGACCGGAGGAUGCCUGUGCGGGAGCGUGAUCGGGAUAACGACUCCGAUUCUCGCUUGCCCUCGUUUAUGAGGCGGGAAGAGUCACGUCGCCAAGCAGAGUCUUCUGGCCCGCUAGUCCUGCGUCAACGUGAGGUGGAGACUGUUACGAGGCCACAGGCUAGGUCGCCCAGUCAAGUCAGGUUCCAAGAGGAGCGCAGUUUCAUCCGCCGGACGAGAAGCCCCAGCCGCAGCCCCAGCCCGCCGCCAGGCCGAGAGAGGGUUGAUAUCAGGGAAACUAGGAUCAUGGAGCAGAACAGGAGGAGUCCCUCUGUCGAGCGGAUUCGGAGCAGCACGCGGAUAAUCAACAGGGAACAUGAACGGGAGUCAUCGCCGGUUCGCAUCAUCCGGCGCGGUCGGUCGCCCUCGGUUGAACGAGAGCGCAUUCGCAUCAUUGAGCGUUCUCGAUCCAGGGAGCGUAUGCCAUCCCCAAGCCCAUCGCCCCCUCCUCCACCUCCUGUGCCCGAGGUGAUUCGCGCGCCCACCAUCGAGAGGGAGGUUAUCACGCACUACAAGAAUAUUGACCAUGGCACCAUCCGCCUCCCCCAACCGCGCUCCCCGCCGCCGCCACCACGUCCAAUUCUCAAACAAACUCGUGAUUUUGAAGUCACCACCACCCGCGACACCGAGAUAGACAUCUCCCGCAAUCGCGACCGUACGGAAGUCGACAUCCACGAGACACGCCGCCGCCGCUCCGUGUCCCGGGACCGUGGUGCUCUAGUUGUUGCCCGUCCACGGAGUCCAUCUCCCUCUCCACGUGUCGUCGAGACAGAGCGCGAACGCAAGAUACGUGUUGAUAUCGACAACAACUCCCGACACCGCUCUACCAGCAUCAGUACCGAGUUCCGUAAGGGCCAUGGCCACACGCACUCGCUUCCCCCUGUUCGGAGACCCGACUACUCGGAAGAGUCCGACCGCAUCACGUCCCGCAUUGACAACCGCGGCCGCAUGGGUGAGGCGUGGAACGGUGCCACCCGCGACUGGACCAUUGUUGACGUCCCUCCGGGAACCGAGCGUGUUCGCAUGGACGGCGUGGGUGGCGGCGGAGCCGAGGUGACCUGGCAACGUUACAAUGGCGUCCGGCGUGCCAAGUUUCUACCGGAGCGCGAUCGUGAUGACGACUCCUACACCAGCGUUAGUGAUCGGGAUCGUACCGAGACCGACCGUCUCGCAGUCGAGAUUCGGGACAAGCGAACGACGGAUAUCGAGAUUGAACAAACGUCCCGGCGACGAUCAAGGCGCCAAGAUGAAUCGAUGUGGACUGAGAUAACCAAAGACCUCGUCUGCCGCGAUGCAAUAAUCGAUAUGGGUUACGAGUUUGAGGAGACGGAACUUUUCUUUUAUGUGAUGCAGUAUCUGAAAUACGAGGACGUUCUUCGCCUCGUCGAACUGUCGGACGACAUUCGCCGGCACCGCAGGAGACACCUGCGCGACAUUGAGUGGGAUCGUGAGUACCGCGACGUGGACUACUACCGCCGUACCAGCAGGAGGCAUGGAGACAAAUAUUACGACCGCGACUUCGAGGUCGAUGUCGACAGAGAGGUCAUUUAUGACCGCCGCCCCCGUGGCUAUAUACGCUAA